UUCCCAAAAGUUCUUUUCUUCCCCAAAUUCAAACGGACCAGCAGUCUCAGAAAACCUAACUCUGCUCAACUCUCUCUUUAAUAGACCAACCGUAAAAGAAAAUUCAAGAGAUAAGGAAGAAGAAGAUGAUGAUGCUGAAGACAAAGGCGUUCAAGGGAUCGAGCGUGUUCAUGUCACGUAACCUCGUUCCCCCCGAAGUAUUCGACAAGCUUCACGGCGUUCUCAAGGAUAGCGGAGCCCAAGUCUUCCUCUGUUGUGACCCUUCUCGAAAUGGCCCCGAUGACUUCCACGUCAUCUCUUCCAUUGAUCACGAGAAAUUUGAGGAUCUCAGAGCCAAAGGCUGUAAUUUGCUAGGUCCUCAAUGCGUGCUUUCCUGUGCAAAAGAAAAUAGAGCUUUACCUAAACAAGGAUUUACUUGCUGCCUUGCAAUGGACGGCCUCAAAGUACUAGCAUCUGGUUUCGACAUGGAUGAAAAGGUUAAGAUUGAAAAAUUAGUCACAGCCAUGGGGGGAGUAUUGCACACUAAAGCAUCUUUAGAUGUUAGCUUCGUCGUUGUAAAGAAUGUUCUAGCUGCAAAGUAUAAGUGGGCUUUAAAUGUUUUAAAGAAACCAAUUGUUACUCUUCAUUGGUUAUAUCAAUGCUGGGGUGAGCACCGUGUUGUUCCUCAGGAGUCAUACAGGGUUCUUCCUUUUUCUGGAUUGACUAUCUGUGUUACCAGAAUUCCUGCAGAUGAGCGAAAGGAGAUUGAAAAGCUUAUCAUACAAAAUGGUGGAAAAUAUUCGGCUGAACUCACCAAGAAGUGCACACAUUUGAUUUGUGAUGCUCCUGAAGGUGACAAGUAUAAAGUUGCCCGAAGAUGGGGCCACGUUCAUAUUGUAGUUCGGAAAUGGUUUGACCAAUCCAUUGCUAGACGAGCAUGUCUUAAUGAGGAGUCCUAUCCUGUCCAGGGUGGCUGUUCAUCUUCAAAGAAAAGUGUGAGUGGUUCCUUGUCAACACAGCAUAGUCAAGACAAGUUUAGAGGAAGUUCUUUGUCUGCAACAUCCUCAAUGAUUAGUGAAUUUAAUUUGUCCACCGUGCCUCCUACUGGAGUGGGAGAUCCAGAUCUUGAAGCUACUCUCUCGCAGAACAUCCCUUCUAUGGUAUCAGAUGCUCAGGUCAUUGUUAAAGAGGAUGGUGGUGAAGCACCAACUUUGCAGCCCUCUAAUGAAACAAAGCUUGAUGGUUGUGUUGCCAAUGACUCUGAAUCGGAAGACAAUGAUCUAUACUUGUCAGACUGUAGAAUUUCACUUGUUGGCUUUGAAGCUUCUGAGAUGCGUAAGCUGGUUAUGAUGGUGCGUAGAGGUGGUGGAUCCCGGUAUAUGUCAUGCAAUGAUAAAUUGACACAUAUAGUUGUCGGGACUCCAUCUGAAGUGGAAAAGAAAGAGGUAAGAAGCUUUGCAGCUUCAGGUGUCAUGCAUGUGGUAAAAAGCAACUGGCUUGAAGACUGUGAUCGUCAAAAGAAAGAAAUCCCUGUUCAACAGAGGCACAUUGCAUAUGACUUACUACUUCCUAAAGAUUCUGUACAGUCUGUCAAAGGAGCGGUGAUAGGAAUGGUCAGUUCUAAUCAAAGUAAAUCCUCGGUUCUUGCAAACUCUGGAACUGGAAUGUCAUCAUUUUUAGGGGACAAUCUAGAUGAUAAGACGAAAAUCAACAGGAAUGGUGACAAGUCUUUGGAAGCCACUGUAAGAUCAUCCAAGCAAGGCGUACCUCCUACAGUAAAUAGUACCAAUAAUGGUUGGCAGAAGCAGCAUUGCGGCUCCAUAGUCCUAAAUCUUAAGAAUGGGAUGUCAUCAACUGUAUUUAAGGGGAAAUUAUUUUGCUUUUCAAAUUCAUUUCCUGAAGAUAGGAGAGCUGAAAUUGUUGAAUGGGUGGAUCAAGGUGGAGGAGAGGUUGUUGAUGAUCAUGUUAAACAGAGUGUGAAUUUCAUUAUCGAGUGUCAUGGUGUGAUAUCCAGGUCUAUCAUUGAUUCCCAAAUUACUUAUGUUUCCACUCAUUGGGUCCGAUCUUGUUUAGAGGAUGGAUGCUUGCUUGAUGUUGGUUGUCACAUUCUUUAUUCACCACUUCCCUGUCAAAUUCCUUUUCCUGGGUUUAAAAGCUUUCGGUUUUGUGUUUCACAAUAUGAAGAGAAGGAUAGACUGCUGUUAAGAAAUCUGUGCUUUAUUCUUGGAGCCAAGUUUGUGGAAAAACUUACAAAAAAGGUGACCCAUUUAUUAUGCAAGUUCACUAGUGGACCAAAAUAUGAGGCUGCAUGUAAAUGGGGAAUAUACUCAGUUACAGCAGAGUGGAUAUAUGAAUGUGUGAGUCAGAAUAAAGUUGUUUCUCUGGAUCCAUUUUUCCCAAAAGAAGUUACUGCUCAAGAUCGAGAGGCAGGAUUAUGCACCGUGAGCCAAUUUCCAACACAAGCUGUUCAAAUGAUGUCUGUAGACAUUCCGUCUCAGUUUAUGACUCAAUCACAGGACCUGAGAACACAAACUCUUGGUGGUAAAAUUGAAAGUAUUAUUGGUGGUAGAGAUGAGGCCGAACAAUCAAAUGUUCAUCUUAAAAGAGCAAGGUGCAUGGAAGAAGAUGAUCAAAAUGGUCUGCUUGCUUCUGUAGUACAUUUAUGCGAGCCUGUUUUGAACGAGAAUUCUACUGAAAACAACAAAUCAAAAAUUGUGGGGGAAGCUGCUCAAGUUUUGCCUGAUGUAGCGGCUGCUAUAGAAGACUUACUUGAGCAAACUAGUAAGAUUCAUGAUCAGAAGUCACCAGAGAGGAAUGGGUGUGAUAAAAGUAUCUUUUCAUCUGAUCGUACGGGCCUUUGUCAAGACCAUACUGACUCUCAUUCUGUUAUUGGGUUAUCUAGACAUUGGUUAAACCGGACUGUGAAAAAAGAUGAAACCUGCAGUUAUUCUGGAGAUGGGAAUGCCGGCCUAUAUGAUGGUUUCAGUGAAACACAAACUGAGUCUCAGGUUGUGGGUUAUGAAGAAGAUUUGUCGGGCAGGCAAAUGCUUAUAGACAGAGUUCGAACCCGGAGUAGCAUGGCCUGAAGCGCUGGAAGUCCACCCUUGGAAGCGGUAGACUUGAUACUGGCAACCAAAUGAAGUUUGAUGAGUAGCUCAGGUUUGCUCUCACGCUGAUGCAUCCAUCAAGUUUAUAACCUUGCUAAUGUACAUGCUUCAAUAGGGAGAUACUGCAAAGGAAAUUGCAACACUUUGUACUGUUGUACAUAAAUGCACUUGUAGCAUGUAGAAGUUCAUUUAUUGAUCCAAAAUAAUGUGCAAAUUCUGUGUAUUCUAACUGGUUAUUCUUGUUCUUGUGAAUUACUAUUUCGGUGCUGAGAGUUCCGAUGGGAACUGGAAAAUGACGACAA